UGAAAACGUCCUUAUUUACAAAAAUAUAUUCAUGUUUCCACAAUUGGAACACUAUAUUUAACCAUCUUCCCUUUCAUUCAUUCAUUCAAUCAAUCAAAACUCUCUCUCUCUAUGAUUCUUUUGUGCAUCCGGUAAAUAUAAAUCAAUUCACAAUCACAACUACUUUCAAUUUCUUUGGGAACUGUAUCUUUCUCUCACUUCAACACACACUAGAAAAAGAUUUCUUUACCGCACGACUCCGCCCCCCGCCCCCCUUUCGCCAUUCCUUUGCGAGAAUUUUUUGCUUCACAAAUUGAGGAAUUUAUCGGGCAGCCCUUUUCGCUAUUUAUUUUUGCCCUAGAGGUCCAACACUUUGCCGAAAAGUGAACUGAACGAUGGUUGUGAAGAAAAUUAUCACCAUUUGUCAGUCGGGCGGUGAAUUCGAGACCGACGCUGACGGUGUAAUCUCUUACAAAGGCGGCGAUGCUCAUGCAAUGGAAAUCGAUGAUAAACUGAAGUUUAAGGAUUUGAAGUCGGAGGUUGCGGAGAUGUUCGGUUGCAAUCUCGGAACUGUGGCCGUAAAAUAUUUCCUUCCUGGAAACAAGAAAACCCUAAUCAGCAUUUCCAACGACAAAGACCUUAAACGCAUGAUCAAGUUCCAUAACGAUUCCGACACAGCCGAGAUAUAUGUUGUCACAGAGGAAGUUGCCGCUCCUGAUGUUUCCCAGAUGCCAGGCAGUAGGUCAAGUAGGACAACCUUGUCAGAAGCUGGGGUUGGGGUUCCUGUUGAACCUUCCCGAAGUACGAUAAACAAUAUAGUUGAUGACAUAAACGAGCCAGACCCACUCGUCGAUUCCACAUUCGAUGUGGUCGGUGACACUAAUGUUUCCACCGAAGUGCCUGUACCUAGUGAUUUUCCUACUCCAAUUGCUUUUGCCAGUCCGUACGACGAAAAGCUCGCCAAAGCCGCACAACAAUGGCAGAACAAUAUAACUGGCGUCGGCCAAAGGUUCAACAGCGUGCACGAAUUCCGCGAGGCGCUGCGGAAGUACGCAAUUGCCCAUCAGUUCGCUUUCAAGUACAAGAAGAACGACAGUCAUCGUGUCACCGUAAAAUGCAAAGCGGAGGGCUGUCAGUGGAGGGUCCAUGCUUCGAGACUUUCCACCACUCCUUUGAUAUGUAUCAAGAAAAUGAAUCCAACUCAUACGUGCGAGGGUUCAGUUUUAGCAACUGGUUAUCAAGCUACGAGGAGUUGGGUUGCUAGUAUAAUUAAAGAGAAGCUGAAAGUAUUUCCGAAUUACAAACCGAAGGAUAUUGUGACUGAUAUUAAAGAGGAAUACGGGGUGCAGUUGAAUUAUUUUCAGGCGUGGAGGGGAAAAGAGAUUGCUAAGGAGCAGCUUCAGGGUUCGUAUAAAGAGGCGUAUAGUCAGUUACCGUAUCUAUGUGAGAAGAUAAUGGAAACGAAUCCUGGAAGUUUGGCUAGUUUCGCCACUAAAGAGGAUUCGAGUUUUCAUCAUCUAUUUGUUUCUUUUCGUGCUUCUUUGUAUGGUUUCGAACAAGGCUGUCGCCCUUUGCUGUUUCUUGAUAGCAUAUUCUUGAAGUCAAAAUACCAAGGCUCUUUGCUGGCGGCAACAGCUGCCGACGCCGAUGACGGGUUUUUUCCGGUGGCUUUCGCCAUUGUAAAUGUCGAGUCCGAUGAGAAUUGGAAGUGGUUUCUGCAGCAGCUCAAAACCGCACUGUCAACUACUCCUCGAGGGUUGACUUUUGUAGCCGAUAGAGAAAAGGGUUUGAAGGAAUCGAUCGCCGAAAUUUUCCAGGGUCAAGAAGUUUAUCAUGCGUACUGCCUCCGUUAUUUAUCGGAGCAGCUUAUAAGAGAUUUGAAGGGGCAAUUUUCUCACGAAGUGAAGCGAAUCAUAAUCCAAGACAUGUUCACUGCCGCUCACGCACCCACAGAACAAAUCUUCUAUAAAUGUGUCGAUAGCAUAAAGGCAAUUUCUGUGACGGCGUACAACUGGAUAAUGCAGAGCGACCCCACACACUGGGCGAACGCAUUCUUCCAAGGCGCAAGGUACAACCACAUGACGUCGAAUUUCGGCGAGCUUUUCUACAGUUGGGUAUCGGACGCACACGAAUUGCCCAUCACUCAAUUGGUGGACGCAAUCCGGACCAAGAUUAUGGAAUUGGUAUAUUCCCGCCACAUGGAGGCGCUCGAUUGGAUGAGAAGGUUGACCCCCUCGAUGGAGAAGAAGCUCGAGAAAGAAAAUCUCAACGUUAGGGCACUAGAGGUUGUAUCGCUCGGUGAUAGAAUCGAGGUCCGCUUUGAAAAUUCUGUUCAGAUAGUUAACGUUGACAGGUGGGAGUGCAGUUGUAGGGUUUGGCAGUUGACUGGGCUGCCAUGCUGUCAUGCAAUUGCGGUUAUUAUGUGUUUGCAGCGCGACCCUUAUGAUUUUUGCUCGAGGUAUUUCACGACUGAGAGCUAUAGGUUAACUUAUGCUGAGACGUUGAAUCCGAUUUCGAACUCGGAUGGUCCUAUGUGGCAGAAGGGUGAGUCGACUCAGAUAGUGACUGUAACACCUCCUCCAACUAGGCGUCCACCUGGCAGGCCUACGACUAAGAGGGUUAGUUCGCAAGAAGUAGGGAGAAGGCAACUGCAGUGCAGUAGAUGCAAGGGUAUCGGGCAUAACAAAUCUACUUGUAAAGAAUUUUUAUUGGAGUGCUAGCGUUGCUAUGUGUAAGUAUUAUUAUCGUAUUGCUUUUUUGCAGAAGUAUUUUUUUUUUUUUUUUUUUAGAUUUUAUUAUCGUUUUUUGUGGUCGUUCGACAUACUGUGACCGUUUUUCUUCUUCUUUUUCAUCUGACCUUUAAUAAGAGGAAGGAAGGUAAUUUAGUGCGUCUAUAUUUCUCAUUGGCUGUUUUUCCGUCGCGAGUUUAUUCAUAUAUUUAUGGUCAUUGUAGUUUUGCAGUUGCCGAGCAUAUAUAUUUGUAGUUUUCGGUUA